AUGUUGAGAUAUCAAACGAUUACAUCUGGAAUACCUCGCUCGAGUCCUUUCGUAUCUCGCACGGGACGGCCUCUACUUUCGAGCUCCACUACAACCACACGAAACCGAGGACAAGCGCUCUACUCUACACAGGGAUAUGGGGAUGCAAAUGGCGAUCCAGCAAAACAAGGCGUGAGCCAGCGCACUCGCGAGUUAGAACACCCAGGACCCGAGCAGUCCGAGAAGAAGUCUUCUACGGAUAGGAAACAGCAACGAGGGUCCUCUGAUACUUCGAAGAAGCCCUCCGAGCGCAAGUCCAAUAUUCCACCUCGGUCAGCGAAGGAGGAACUUGAGAAUGAGAUGGCCAGAGGAAGGGGGCAAUCGUGA